AUGACUUCCAGAACCGUAUCCCCGAUUAAAAUUGUCAAUAACCAAAUAAUCAGUAAAAAUAAUGAUGACAAAAACAAAAAUAAAAAUAAACGUAACUUAUCGACAUCGUCCACUCCACCGCAAUCUCCAUCCUAUACAGCCGCCAUUAAGAAAGCGAAAUCGUUCGUCACGCCAAACAGGUUUAGCGUUCUAUCUGUAGACGAGUCCACUAUCGAAAACCUCGACGUCAUAUCUGAUAAUCAAAACGAGAAGCAACUGAAUACCACCAACAAUACACCAAAAACAAUUUUGCCUCCACCCAUUUUCAUUAAAGGGGUACUUAACUACAUGGGGUUGCUAAACCAAUUUAAACACACUAUCGGUCCAAACACCUUCUCGUGUAAAUCGACACCAACUCAUCUAAAAGUCCAAACUGAUACCCCAGACAAUUACAGAAAAAUCAUUCACUUAUUGAAAGAAAUCAAUGCACAGUACCACACUUACCAGCUCCAAUCCGACAAACCUCUAAGAGCAGUCAUAAGGAACCUACAUCCAUCAACUCCAGAAUCUGAUAUAACAACAGCUCUAGAAGAAAUAGGUUUCACGGUGAGAAAUGUCACCAAUGUUAAACACCACCAAACCAAAACUUCGCUGCCCAUGUUCUUUAUUGACAUAGACCCUAAUGGAGAAAACGUUACCGAUAUCUUCUCUAUUACUUCUAUUUUGCAUACAAAAGUAAAAAUAGAAGAGCCCCACAAAAAACGUCAGAUACCACAAUGCCAAAACUGUCAAAGCUACGGACACACACGCUCAUACUGCGCUUACCCACCUAUAUGUGUCAAAUGUGGAGAAAACCACCUUUCAUCAUCGUGCACAAAAUCUCCCGAUCUACCAGCAAAAUGCGGCCUCUGUCAAGGUGCACACCCAGCCAACUACAAGGGAUGCGCAAUAUAUCAAACAAUUUCCCGGAAACACAACAACAACAUCUCAAGCAAGAAAGCCCAGCAGCCACCGCCUCAUAAUCUCAACCUCAACAUCAACACCAAUCCUGAGUAUCAACAGCAACAAUCAGGAUCCGAAAACACACCCAGGUCACGUACGUAUGCUAAUGUAACUGAGGGUCACCAGUCCGCAAACUCUAACACCUCCACAAACAACAAUGAAUCCUCACUUCUAAAAUUCCUUGACGAGUUCAAAUCUAUAAUAAACCCUCUUAUCUCUCUCCUCACCACCGUCCUCUCAAAUCUCAUUAACACCAAAAAUGUCAAAUAAUAACGCAACAUCUCACUCUCUCCUCAUCCUAAAUUGGAACGCUAAUGGUCUAGCAAAACACAAAGACGAACUCUUAGCCUUACUACAAAAUAACAGAAUCGACAUCGCACUCAUAUCAGAAACUCACUUCAUCAAUUCAACACACUUCUACCUUCCUGGGUUCCAAAUCUUCAAAACCAACCACCCUGAUGGCACCGCACACGCGGGAGCCGCCAUCAUAGUAAAAUCUUCCCUACUAUUCUUUCCUCUCCCGCAAUUCCAAACGGACCACAUUCAAGCCAGUGGCAUACAAAUAACACUUAACAACACCCCUCUAAAUAUAUUUGCAGUAUAUAGUCCACCACGCCACACAAUAACCUUAAACCAAUUCAACGACUUCUUCCUUACUCUUGGUCAUAAAUUUAUAAUAGGAGGUGAUCUAAAUGCUAAAAACUUACAAUGGGGCUGUCGCGUAAACAAUCCCCGUGGUAACCUACUUCAUCUCACAACACAAAAUCGUAACUACAAAGUACACUCUCCCCCAUCCCCGACAUACUGGCCCACUUCACCCAGAAAAAGGCCAGACAUUUUGGACAUAUUUAUAUCUAAAAUUCCCAAUAGUUUCCACAGCCUAACAACUAAUCUCAACGACCUCUAUUCUGACCAUUCAGCCAUCCUCCUAACAAUUGACUCUGCCCCUCUUGCUAAACCAAAACAACCAAGCCUCAUCCUAGGCCAAAUGGACUGGCUAAAAUUCAAAUCUUCCCUUGAUAAUCAAUGUAACCUCAAAAUCAGCUUAAAAUCUCCAAACGAUAUCGAUGAAGCCGUACACCUCCUAACCAAGUCUAUACAAGAAGCUGCUUGGUCCUCCUCCUCCCCAAUGCCAAAUACAAACUCCUCCAUAAAUCUUCCCCUACAUAUAAGAAUACUAAUCUCAGACAAACGGAGAGCGCGUGCAACUUGGCAGAGAACCAAAUAUCCCUCGGACAAACGCAAACUUAACAAUUUAACAAAUAAACUUAAAAGACUCUUAGCCUCUAUUAGAUCAGAUAAUUUCACCAAACGUCUCGUCUCCCUCUCGUCUACUGACAACUCGCUUUGGCAAACAACAAGGAAAAUCCUUCGAACAAAACAAUCUGUUCCUCCACUAAAAAAAUCCGAUGGUACUUGGGCUGUCACUGACCUAGAUAAAGCCAACAUAUUUCGACAUCAUCUCUACUCUACCUUCCAACCCCACAACAAUAUUCUCACUCCUUCUCAAAUCGAAAAAGUGAACCUUUCUCUCUCUCACCCUCUUCCCAUGACUCUCCCACCUAAACAUAUUCGACCUAGCGACGUUGAAUAUGCGAUAAAAAACUCCCCUCGCCACAAAAGCCCAGGCUAUGACCUAAUCACAGCUGAGGUAGCUACACAACUCCCCAAAAAAACCUUACUUCUCUUAACACACAUUUUCAACUCUAUACUUAGACUGUCAUACUUCCCUGUUCUUUGGAAAUUCUCAAUCAUCAUUAUGAUCCCCAAACCUGGCAAACCUCCCGACUCUCCCGAAUCAUACAGGCCCAUUAGUCUUCUUCCACUAUUUUCUAAAAUUUUUGAACGAAUUAUCCUAAAACGCAUCCUUCCUAUCAUUGAAGCCAAUAUACCUAAUACCCAAUUUGGAUUUCGUCAUAACCACUCUACAAUACACCAAGUCCAUCGUCUUGUGGAUAAAAUAUCGUACACUCUUGAGAAAAAGCUUAUUUGCACAGCUGCCUUCCUCGACGUAUCACAGGCAUUCGACAGAGUUUGGCACGAAGGCCUACUCUUCAAACUCAAAUCUAUUCUUCCACCCUACUAUUUCCUAUUAUUUAAAUCCUAUUUAGAAAACAGACAUUUUUCCGUUCGAUCUGGCUUCUCCUUAUCCGAAGUAUCACCUAUCCACGCAGGGGUACCUCAAGGUUCCGUAACAGCACCUCUACUCUUCAAUUUAUUCACCUCAGAUCAACCUACCACCCCCAACACUACAAUUGGUGAUUUUGCUGACGACAAGGCGCUCCUAGCGAUCCAUUCCGACCCCGAAAUAGCCUCAAACCUCGUACAAAAUCACCUCAAUCUCUUAUCAACCUGGUAUAAAGACUGGGGAAUAAAAAUUAAUGAAACAAAAUCCAUCCAUUAUACGUUCACUCUAAGGCAAAUAGUCUGCCCGCCCAUCUUCCUCAACAAUGUACCUCUCCCAACCGCCCAAAAUGUUAGAUACCUAGGUUUACAUUUAGACCGCAGGUUAACUUGGGCAACUCACACCCACAACAAAAGACUUGCCUUAAAUAAUCGCUCUCGACAAUUACGUUAUCUCCUCACAUCACAACAUCUCAACUUAAAAAACAAGCUACUAUUAUACAAACUCCUACUCAAACCAAUCUGGACAUACGGUAUCCAACUCUGGGGGGCAGCCAAAAAGUCCAACUUAAAUAAAAUUCAAAUCUUCCAAUCUAAAUGUCUCCGCCAAAUAACCAAAGCUCCCUACUUUGUAUCUAACGACACUCUACAUAAAGAUCUAGCUAUUCCAACAGUUCAAAACGUUGCAAAAACUUUCUACAAACGCACACACUCCAAGUUCCACAGCCAUCGUAAUCCCCUGAUUACCGAACUAUCUACCAACACUAUUCCUGGUGACCCCAGAAGGCGUCUAAAACGUACNUUAAAUAAAAAAAAAAAAAAAAAAAAAAAAAAAAAAAUUUACAUAAGGAUCUGUACCCGGGUUGAAUUUGUCAGUGUCAAGUUUAUUCAAAUUAUCUUGAAAUUUUUUGAAGAGUGGAAUCGCAUAAAGAGUAGAAGAGAAUAA